AUGUCCCAGCCCACGAAAAAGCGGGAUUUCGAACCUGAAGGACACCUGGACUCCCGCCCAGCGAAAAGGGUCAAAGCAGACAACUCCGCGCGCGUUGGUCCUGUUGCCCGCCUGAACUUCGACGUCCUCCAAAUUAUUGCAUCGUACCUCACGCCUCGAGAGAUCGUGUCGCUCGAAAGGGUCAGCAAGGAAUGGCAAACGCGGACUCGGGACUGGCUGACCAGGGCCGCAUAUCGACUGACGGCCGAAACAACGCACCCGGCGAUCCAGCUAGGUGGGCUCUUACAUCCAGAACAGAAACACUAUUUUCGCUUGCUGCAUAAUUUGAGGAGCGGCAAUGCAGUCUCGGCGCACAUAUUGGAUUGUCGUGACGAGCGAGGCCGAGUCGAGGUUAUUUGCUGGCGGCGCGACCUGAAGUUUGCUGCGUGGGUCGUUUCUGGCUCAUCGUUUGCUCCAACGUCGCCUCAAACACGCAAUCCGUCCAGUGACAUACUGUACUGGAGGCAGGUUUCGGCAAACGAAGAGACAAUUUCAUAUAUUCCAGCAACGCGCUUCCUCCCACUCACAUCCGGGACUCCUGAAGCCGCGUAUAUUUACCAUUUGGCAGUGAAUGAUGAUGGGACUAUGUUGGUCCAGUUGACUCUUGACCGAGACCCUGAAGUGCUUGAAAGGAAUCUCGUUUACUCCCCGGAUGAGAACAAGGUCCUGUGGAGCGAGUUUACCACCCCUUCAGCGCGCAAGGGGAAGGGCAAGGGCAAGGGCAGUGACAAGAAUAUCAUCAUGCCCAGGGUCCCCUACCUCCUGGGCCAAAGCACAGUCUAUACUGCCCCGUGGGAGCGCCCCUUCAGAUGGAUCGUUGCAAUCAACUUCCGCACAAGGGCUCAGCUGUGGAAAAUGAAGCUCCAUAUCGCCACUUCAAACUCAAAAAAGGCGCCCACUCGGCAUAUGCGCAUUAUUCAAGCAGCAAACGGCGCGGAACUCCUUCUGCACUCCAGAGUCUCCGAGAAGAAGCAGCUGGAGGGGGUGAGCAUUAUCAACGGCAAAACGGGCAUCCGACUUGGACACGUCGAGUACCCUAACCCAUCAAGCACCAGUACGCUGCACCUGGAUUCCAUCCUCGCCCAUCCGGCAAGCAGACAGAUGGCGAUUAUCGACAUUAUAUCCGAGUAUGGCAAUGCAAAACUUUCCGCCCAUCAAUUCAUAUCCUGGACCCGCGUCGUUCUCUUAAGCCACUACGCCUAUAACCCCAACACUGGGUAUUCUCUUCUCCACACCGACGCUCUCCUCGCCGGCCAUGCGCACAACCCCUUGCAAGUCCCUAAACGCCCCCGUCCCUCUCAGGUUAUCGUGAAUCCCUUCUACCGGACCGCGAUUGUGUCAUCGCUCGAACAGCGUGACCCGAAUGAAAGAGCUGAGAUGUGCUUUUAUAGCUGUGUGAUGGAACCCACGGAAAACGCGAAACUUCGCGCGUGCGCUGAGGCUGUUCUAGCUGAACGCUUCAAGAAAGCCAGCGCUGUCCCUACUCUUCGUCAGUGCUUUGUCUUGGGUGAGGUGGAGACGGUUACUGUUCCUUCUAUGUCGCGAGAUGCGCAAGGUGGAAAGGCACGAGAAGAUCUGAGGCUGCCGGACUUUAAAGUUAGCGAUUCUGGUCACUUUACGGACGAUGGGAGCGUUGUGGUUUGCACUGGGCAUCCACAGUAUUUCCUGCGAUUUGGCUAG